AUGGAUGUGGAUCAGACGGGCAAACAAGUUGGCACGAAUGGUAAUGCCGACGUUUCAAAGCUUGAAAAAAGUACGAAAACCCCAGGUACUCUAGAUGAAAUCAUAUUGGAAUCUCGUCAGAUGUCAGGAACUCCCCCUCAGGGUAAUAAGGCAGAGUUCAAACCGAGGAUCUUGUGGCCUGAUGUGAUCAAGACACCUGUGAAUCCAUGGAUCUUCAGCUGUAAGGAGAUUAUAGAGAAGCUUGGGAUGGAUCCGCAACAAACUACGGAGAUGAAACGAUCCAUGGAAAAGUGUUUGAUAUAUUUUUAUACCUUGAAAAAGAAAUUGAAUCUUUUUGAUCACACCUAUACCGCCUCCUGUAUCUUAUUCUUCAGAUACUGGUUCAUAUACGGUCUACCGUCCAGCAUCCCAGAGUGCAUUCAUAUUUCACAAGCGAUUCUAGUCACUGCAUGUAAGACCAUGGAGAAUAAUAGACCCAUUGAUGCAUAUGUCAAAGCUACUUGCGAGUUUUUGACAAAAGAUCUGACAACUUUGAAAUCCAAGCAAAACAUGGACAAACUCAAAUGGGAUGUUAGAGAUAAACUAGUAAGUAAUGAAAAGAGGAUUCUUUGCUCUUUUGGAUUCGAUUUGAAUAUUGAAAAUCCCAAGGAACUCAUAGAGGAAAUGUUCAGUGGUUAUUAUAGAUUUAAUAGAGAUUUUGAUUUGCCGGAAGAGUUCAAGACCGUCUUCCCGAAGAUACUCCAAGAAGCCAGAAAUUUCAUCGUCCAAGCAGUGACCCAGCCCGUUUCUUUAUUAUGCGAUGGAUACUCCUUUGUUGCACUAUCGUUAAUAUACUGUGGAUUACAAUACCAGAAACUUAUUGACAAAACGUUCAAAUAUCCAAAAAAUUUCUUUCGUGACAAAUUUCCUGUAGCUGUAACUUCAAAACAAUACGAAGAGAUAUUCACAGAUUACAGACUCAUCGAAGAGAACUUCUUCGACCUUAAAAGUAAUAAAAGGGAAAAGCUGCAGAUAUCUGCUGAAGAAAUAAAAAAUUUAAUAGAAGAGGAUAUCAAUGAAACUGAAGAAAUCACUGCGGCUUUGAAUAAUCCGUACGAUUAUGAACAUAUCAAAACUGGAGAAGUCAGACAGGAAUUACUUGAUCAUAUAUCGAAAAGAAUAAAAGAGUUGUACGAAAAGACCGUUAAUGACACAAAAAAGAGAUCACUAGCGGAUCCACAAACCAAUUCUGACCAAUUGAAUAAGAAAUCGAAGGUGUAA